UAAAGACAGAGGAACUAGAAUUUCAAACUGAUAUUCGAGCAUUUUGAUUGCUGUUUACGUCAUUGCUGGCCCUCCUAAGACCUCCUUGUGUUGAUGAAUUCCGCCUGUUAAUUUACCAGCAUCACGAAAUAAUUCAGUUGGAUGUAGUAAAUUCUACUGUAGAACCAUAUUUCACACCAAAUUCUACAGUCCAAGAGGAAAUGGCAAACGGUUUAUCAUUGAACUCACUCAUGGGAAUAUUCUUCAUGUGUUUUUACAUUGUAGUGUAUUCAACCUCGAGUUUAGGGAACGUAGUGGUGUUGUAUAUCUGCGCUAAAAAUAGUCGAAACACAGCCUUUCAACCUACUCGCACAGCAUUUUUCAAUCUUUACAUCGCCAAUCUUGCCAUUGCGGACCUCCUUUUCACGCAGUUGACGAUUUUUGAUGCUGUUUACGCGAUUCUCUACGAGUGGACCACAGGAGCCAUUUUGUGCAAACUUCAGGGGUUUCUUGUCGAGUUAUGCUACUCCGCUGGUAUACUCACUCUUAUAGCAAUCAGCCGCGAGAGGGUUAAGUCAAUCUCGGAUUUACGGAUAAAAUCGCGCAUUCAGCGAGUCAAAGAAAGACGAUCUCGCUCCAUAAUCGUGUGGAGUCUGGCCAUACUGCUAUGCUCCCCUCUUCUCUACGCGUACAAUUUGACGGAAGAAACUUCAAACGGUAACAGCGUCAUACGCUGUUUAAACGACGCAUGGUCGCACCUCGGAAGGCGAAUUUAUUACAGUUUAACCGGGGUUAUACUAUUCUUUACUCCUCUUUUAAUAAUGAUAUGGACGCAGUUGAAGAUCAAACGCGUUUUUAAAUCGCAGGUCGCACCAAAUCAACAAAUCGCUCUUUCAAUGCGAGCGCGCCAAAGAAAAGCUAGUCGAAUGUUGGGAGUAGUCACGAUAGUCUUUUUCGCGUUUUGGUCUCCUUUCAUUUUCACUCGAACACUUCGUUAUUUUAACUGGUAUGAAGGGGAAUUAAUUUGGAGACUAAGCCAGUUAUUAACCAUAGCUUCUGCUGCGGCAAACCCUUUCAUUUAUAGUUUUUACAGCACACAUUUCAGGCUGUGUAUAAAGAGGUUUCUAACUUGUAGAUGUGGGCUAAUGGCUGCAGUUGACACUGGGGACAAUUCUACUGUGAAUUCUCUGUAUUAAGAGAUUGUUUUAUGCUUUAUUGUAUAUAAACAAAGAAUUCUAAAAUGAAAACAAGUAUUCAAAAAUAGGGUAUUCAUACCUCAUUUACAGCUGCCAGCUGUGCUAGCAAAGUGGAGUCCGUGUUGGAUACAGGCUUUUACUAUACCAGUUUGAAUCCAUGCGGUUAUUGCCUGAAUUUUAAGCUCUGUAUUUUCUUUAAUUUCUCUCAGCGUUUCCUUAAUUAUCGUACCCAUGUGAUAACAUAAGAAUUCUGUCAAGCCUUUACAAAAUCUUACACGCUGAAGAUGUGCUGAUAUGCAAAUUAUGUAAAGUUUCCUUUAAUUUGCAAAGUAAUCGUAAACAUGUCUGAAAAUCUUAGAAACUGAAAUCUAUUCAUCUCGUUUUGUCAGACCAUUUUUAUCGUUUUGAGCUUCGUGUCAGUUCCUUUGUAAAAGAUAUUAGAAAAUACCUUCCACAAUGUUUCGGAGGUUUGAAAGAAAAUCACGGGUAUUUUUUAAGCCGGUAGUUCAAACUGAUUAAU